UAGUUUUAAACAUCUUUACUAAGCGAGCCUGCUCAGUCUGAUUAUAACCACAAACUAAACCUGGUACAAAAAGUGCGAUGAUUUUGUGAUUUAACCGUUGUUUUUUAUAUUCUAAUUUAAUUUAUUCAUACGUGACUUAAAUUUCAUAAUAAUAAGAAAAUAUUGUUCAGUGUCAAAUAGUGAUAAUUUUAAACGUGAUUCACAUUAAAGAUUUUCCAGAGGUCAUAGUUGAUUAGAUCGAAGCACUAAGUAUAUUCAAGAACGAUAAGAGGUAAAGUAACUGAAGAUGAGCCAGUUUCCCUACCACGAUUCGGUCACCGGUUUCAGACCGGUUGAGCCCGGCGUGCAGACACAGAAUUCGAACAUCAGCGAGUACUGCGACCGCGAUCAGUCAGUAGAUGACGAGGACGAGAUGGUGACGACGGAGCGUGAGUUAGCCGAGGACGCACAAUGGAAAAAAAUACAGCAAAAUACUUUUACAAGGUGGGCAAACGAACAUCUGAAGACCGUAUCGAAACACAUUGGAAAUUUAGAAACAGACCUUAGUGACGGUUUGAGGUUAAUAACUUUGAUUGAAGUGCUAUCUGGAAAAAGGUUGCCGAAACAUAAUAAAAAACCCUCGUUUCGGUCUCAAAAACUCGAAAAUGUGUCAGUGGCUCUUAAGUUUUUGCAAGAUGAUGAAGGAAUUAGAAUUGUCAAUAUUGAUUCAAGCCAUAUAGUAGACUGUAAAUUGAAACUAAUAUUAGGAUUAAUAUGGACGCUAAUUUUACAUUAUUCAAUAUCCUUGCCGAUGUGGGAGGGAGAAGACGACUUACAUACUGGUGGUGCGGAACCUACACCAAAACAAAGGCUGAUGAACUGGAUUCAAACAAAACUUCCAGACCUUCCUAUAAAAAAUUUCACCACAGAUUGGAAUGAUGGCAAAGCUGUAGGAGCCUUAGUUGAUGCAGUAGCUCCUGGACUGUGUCCCGAUUGGCCUGACUGGGAUUCUCAUGAGGGGGUUAGAAAUGCCUCAGAAGCUAUGAAUCUUGCCGAUGACUGGCUGAAUAUUCCUCAACUUAUCAAACCUGAAGAAUUAGUCAACCCCAAUAUUGAUGAACAGUCGAUGAUGACGUACUUGUCACAAUAUCCAAAUGCUAAAAUUAAACCUGGCGCACCUCUGAGACCGAGAACAGAUCCAAAUAAAGUUAGAAUAUACGGCCCUGGAAUAAAACAGACUGGAGUCGUAGUAGGUGCUCCAGCCAUAUUUACUGUGGAAACAUUCUCAGCCGGACGGGGUGUGGUCGAAGUCAUUGUGGAAAAUCCUCGAAAACAACGAGAGCACGCCGAUGUUAAAUUUAAUGACGACAAGAACUUGACGUAUCAAGUUACAUACAAUCCACAGUGUGAAGGUACUCACAUGAUUUAUGUCAAGUUUGCUGGAAAACUUACAUCAAAAAGUCCAUAUCGUGUAGAUGUUGAAGGAUUUGCAGGGGAUGCAUCGAAAGUUACAGCUUCAGGACCUGGAUUGCAACCAGAUGGUGUCCAUGUGAACAAACCAACCUUUUUUGACAUUUUCACUAAAAAUGCUGGCAGUGGGAUUCCUGAAGUAAUUAUCCUCGAUCCUUCCGAAAACAAAACCACUGUACCAGUCAAACUCCAACAGACAUCUCCAGAUGUGUGGCGCUGCGGUUACGUUUCCCCAUUUCUUGGUUUACAUUCCGUUAAUAUAUUUUUUGCUGGCAAACCCAUUCCAAAUAGCCCGGUUGGCGUUAGAGUAUGUCCCGUAUCAGACGCCAGAAAAGUUAAAGCUAGUGGUCGUGGUCUUCAACCUAAUGGCGUGAGAGUAAAAGAUGAAGCUGACUUCAAGAUAUAUACAGAAGGAGCCGGUGAGGGUGUCCCUGAGGUUCAGAUUGUGAGCUCUGAAGGUAUAUAUCAAAACUGUACACUGGAAAAAUUAGAUGAACAUACAUAUCGUGCGAUUUACGUACCUCUUAGACCAGGUAAAUAUGUGGUGACAAUUAAAUUUGGAGGAAACGACAUCUACAAAUCUCCAUUCGAAGUAAACGUAGGACCAUAUAAAGAAACAGUUAUUGGAGUAUAUGGACCUGGUUUGGUAGGAGGUGUGGUUAAUUCUGCAGCACUUUUCACUGUAGAAACAAAUGGAGAAACUGGAGCGUUAGGUUUUAGUAUACAAGGUCCUUCUCAAGCUAAAAUUGAGUGUCACGAUAAUGGUGAUGGAUCGGCUGACGUUAAAUAUUAUCCAACAGCACCUGGUGAAUAUGCUGUACAUAUUUUAUGUGACAAUGAAGACAUUCCUGGUAGUCCAUAUAUUGCUCAAAUUCUGCCAAGUACUGAUUAUUUUCCUGAAAAAGUCACAGUUAGUGGACCUGGUAUUCAACCACAUGGAGUUCAAUCUAAUGUUCCUGCCAAAUUUAUUGUAGAUACUAGAGAUGCUGGCUCUGCGCCUUUAGAUGUUAAGGUUUGUGAUGCAAAUUUGAAUAAUGUGAAACUGAAGUUAGUGCAAAAAGAAGAUAACUCAUUUGAGGGAACUUAUUUACCAACAUCAGCAAACAGACAUAUUGUACAAGUCAACUAUGGAGGAGUGGCUGUGAAAAAUUCUCCAUUUAGAGUUUUUGUUGGCGAGACCGUAGAUGUUUCUAAAGUGCAAUGUUUUGGACCUGGAAUUCAAGAUGGUGUUAAAGCAAAUACUCCAACUCAUUUUAACAUCGAUGCAAGGGAUGCUGGCGAAGCCGAUUUAGAUGUUCAUUUAAUAAACGAAAAUACUCGCGAAGAAGUUCCGUUGAAACUGACAGAUCUUGGCGAUCAAACUUAUACAGUAGAUUAUGAAACUGUUCUCGCUGGAAUACACAGAUUGACUGUUCAUUACGGAGGUCAAAAAGUUCCAUCAACUCCAAUUAAAUUCAAAGUCGAACCUAAUGUAGACGUAUCCAAAAUCAAAGUUGAUGGACUGGAACCAACCGCGCCAGUGAACAGCUUACAACAGUUUCGAGUCAUAACUCAGGACGCUGGAAAAGCAGAAUUUUCAAUUUCAAUAACUAGCCCUUCUGGAAGCAAAGUAAGAGCUCAUGUGAUCCCGACUCACGAGGGAUACUUAGUAAAUUUUACCCCAACUCAAUUGGGAGAGUAUCUUUUAGGAAUAUCUUUUGGUGGCGAACCUAUUUCUCACAGACCAUUCCGAUUAACAUGUCUUACAGGCUCAGAUCCACUAAAAGUAAAAGCCUCAGGUCCUGGUUUACAUAGAGGAAUAGUAAAGAGACCUGCUGAAUUUAUGAUAGACACAAGAGGUGCUGGUCAAGGAGGUCUUGGAGUUACUGUUGAAGGACCAUGCGAAGCGGCUAUUAACUGCAGAGAUAAUGGUGAUGGAACAUGCUCAGUGGCUUACUUGCCCACGGAAAUUGGAGAUUAUGGUAUAAAUAUUACUUUUAAUGAUCAACAUAUACCUGGUAGCCCUUUUCAGGCUAUUAUUGUACCCGAUGUAGAUAUAUCCAAGAUUAAGGUUUCCGGCAGUGGGAUUCAGUUACAUGGUGUAUAUGUUGAUUCUCCCACCGAUUUCGUAGUAGACACUAGAAGCAUUCCAAAAUCCACUGACGAUGGUAAAGUAACCUGUACGAUCACAAGUCCAUCCGGAACUCAAACAGAAAAAUUAAUAACUCCAUUAAUCGAUGGUACUUACAAAGUUAGUUACACACCAUUCGAAGAAGGAAAACAUACCAUUGAUAUUUUUUAUGACAAUGUUCCUGUACCUGGAUCACCAUUUAUUGUAAAUGUAAGAAGAGGUUGUGAUGCAAGAAAAUGUCAUGCGUAUGGUCCAGGUCUUCAAAAAGGAAUACUUAACAAAUCAAAUGUGUUUACUGUCGAAACAAAAGAAGCUGGCACUGGUGGUCUUUCUUUGGCCAUUGAGGGUCCUUCAGAAGCUAAAAUGACUUGUAAAGAUAAUAGAGAUGGAUCUUGCGCUGUUGAAUACAUCCCUACAGAACCUGGAGAAUACGAUAUAUCUAUCAAAUUCACUGAAAAUCACAUUCCUGGAUCUCCGUUUAAAAUUUCUGUAGAACCUGAGGCAAAUGAAUUUCUGGUCAAAGCUUAUGGACCUGGUUUGGAGAAAUCACAUUGUAGAGCAGGUGUACCGACUUCGUUUACUAUAGACGCUUCAAAGGCUGGACCAGCACCUGUUGCUGUUAAUAUAACUUCCGAUUCCAAACCUCUUUCUAAGAGGCCAGAAGUGAUAGACAAUGGAGAUGGAACAUUUAAUGUAACAUAUAUUCCUCCAAAUGAAGGAGCUAAUUUACAAACUCAAAUCUUGUUCAAUGGAAAAAAUAUCCCCAAUAGUCCAUUCCCUGUGAAAGUGAAACCAACUGCAGAGCCUGAUAAAGUCAAAUUCAGUGGACCUGCUAUCUUUGAAAAAGGUAUUCCGGCCUCAGUUCCAACUACAGUGAAAAUUGAUACCAAUGAUGCUGGCUAUGGAGAUUUAGAACUUAAAGUAAUCGGUCCGGAUGGUUCACCACGACCUGUGAAACUUGCAGAUAAUGGUGAUGGUACUUACAGCGCAACUUUUGUUCCUGAUGAUUGCGGAAGAUACAAACUUGAAGCUAAAUAUGCUGAUCAAGAAAUACCGAAAACACCUAUCUCUAUACAAGCCUACGCCAUUGGACAGGCUGAAAAAUGCAAGAUAACAAAAGGUUUAGAAAAAAAUCUGGCUAGCGGGCAGCCCUACCAUAUUAUCGUAAACACAGAAAACGCCGGUGCUGGUGCAGUUACUUGUAAAAUCAAAACAGUAGACGGAGGAGACGUGGAUAUAAAUAUAGUAGAUAAUAGAGACAAUACUGUCACUAUCUAUUACACCGUAGAGGAUGCUGGGGAAUAUACCAUCAACAUUAAGUUUGGAGGUCAGAAUGUACCUGGAGGGUUCUACACGAUAGUGGCCGAAAAAACUAGCGAAGUAAUAACUCACAGCGAAGUACAAGAAAAAGUACACAGUACACAAACUACCAAACAGCAGGUUUUUAGACCUAUAGAAUUGAAUAAAAUCCCACUUCUGAGCACAGGAGGUAACGUAACAGCCGAAAUAAAAAUGCCUAGUGGAAAUAUCGACAAACCUAUAAUUGAAGACAACCGUGAUGGUACUGUCACCAUAAAGUAUGAGCCACGCGAGGAAGGUGUUCACGAGCUAGCUGUGAAAUUUAACGGAGAACAUGUCCAAGGGUCGCCUUACAAAAUUCACGUAGACUCUAUAAGCUCUGGUUACGUAACAGCUUAUGGUCCUGGUCUUACGCAUGGUGUGACUGGUGAACCUAGCAACUUUACAAUUUCAACUAAAGGGGCGGGAGCUGGUGGUUUAUCCAUGGCUGUAGAAGGUCCCAGUAAAGCUGAAAUUAGUUGUCAUGAUAACAAAGAUGGAACUGUGUCGGUUUCGUACUUACCUACAGCUCCAGGAGAAUACAAAAUUUCUGUGAGAUUUGGUGACAAACAUAUCAAGGGUUCUCCUUUCAACGCAAAGAUCACCGGUGAAGGUAGGAAACGUAAUCAAAUUUCCGUAGGCUCUUGUAGCGAAGUAUCUUUACCUGGAGGCAAAAUAUCUGAUGAUGACAUUAGGUCCUUAAAUGCUUCAAUCCAAGCACCAAGCGGAUUAGAAGAGCCAUGUUUCCUUAAACGGCUUCCAACUGGAAAUAUUGGCAUAUCAUUUACUCCCAGAGAAAUAGGUGAACAUGUUGUCAGUGUAAAGAAAAUGGGUAACCAUAUAACAAACUCACCAUUUAAAAUAAACGUUUGCGAAAGAGAAGUAGGAGAUGCUAAAAAAGUAAAAGUAACUGGCCUCGCCUUGAAAGAAGGCAAGACUCAUCAAGAGAACAUAUUCACCGUUGACACAAGAAAUGCUGGUUUUGGUGGUUUGUCAUUAUCUAUUGAAGGACCUAGUAAGGCUGAAAUACAAUGUAACGAUAAUACAGAUGGCACAUUGAAUAUCUCUUAUAAACCCACUGAACCCGGCUACUACAUUGUUAAUUUAAAAUUCGCUGAUCAUCAUUUAGAAGGAUCUCCAUUUACUGUUAAGGUUACUGGUGAGGGCUCGAAUAGACAACGUGAAAAGAUCCAAAGGCAACGAGAAGCAGUACCAAUUACAGAAGUUGGUAGUCAAUGUAAACUCACCUUUAAAAUGCCAGGUAUAACAUCAUUUGAUCUUAGUGCCUCCGUAAAGUCACCUGGAGGAGUAACAGAAGAUGCAGAAAUCAAUGAAGUUAAGGAUGGAUUGUACGCCGUUCACUUUGUACCCAAAGAAUUAGGAGUUCACACUGUUUCAGUCAGAUACAAGGAUAUUCACAUUCCUGGUUCUCCAUUCCAAUUUACUGUCGGUCCAUACAGAGAUCAUGGUGCUCAUUUGGUGAAAGCCGGUGGAGCAGGUUUGGAAAGAGGUGAACAAGGUGAACUUAAUGAAUUUAACGUCUGGACCAGAGAAGCUGGAAGUGGUCAACUCGCCAUCUCCGUCGAAGGACCUAGCAAAGCCGAAAUCAACUUCACGGAUCGCAAAGAUGGUUCCUGCGACGUGUCAUACAAAGUAUCAGAACCUGGUGAAUAUCGAAUUGGUUUGAAAUUCAAUGAUGAACACGUUCCUGAUUCUCCAUUCAAAGUCUACAUCUCCCCUGCAGUAGGAGAUGCUCACUUACUCGAAGUAGCACAAUUUCCAGAAGGUUACAUUCAAGCUGAUAAACCAUCUCAGUUUAUUGUUAGAAGAAAUGGAGCUAAAGGAGACUUGGAUGCCAAGAUUAUUGGUCCUUCUGGACAUGAGGAUGACUGUUUCGUACAAAUUAUCGAUAUGGAAGAAUACUCCGUUAGGUUCAUGCCUAGAGAAAACGGUAUACACAAAAUCCACGCUAAAUUCAAUGGCGUACAUAUUCCCGGUUCUCCAUUCAGUGUUAAAGUUGGCAAAGAUACUGCUGAUCCAGCUGCUGUUCAAGCCAGCGGAAAUGGACUCAAGGAGGUUAAAACUGGUGUCAAGACCGAUUUCAUUGUUGACACCGUAAAUGCUGGUAGUGGUACUUUGGCAGUUAACAUUGAUGGUCCUAGCAAGGUAUCGAUGGACUGCACAGAAGUUGAAGAAGGCUACAAAGUUAGAUACACUCCUUUAGCACCUGGAGAUUACUACAUUAGUAUUAAAUAUAAUAACCACCACAUUGUUGGAUCACCAUUCAAAGUAACCAGUCUAGGCGACAAAAAAGUAGCUGAUAUUGGAGGACAGGAAUCAUCGUCAACUGUAGUCGAAACUGUUGCGAAAACUGGCAAAGCAAAUAACAACAAAGGACCUCAAUUGCCCCAUUUCAAAAGUGACGCCUCUAAAGUUCAAUCUAAGGGCAUGGGUUUGAAGAAAGCAUAUUUAGGAAAACAAAAUCAGUUUACAGUGUCCGCACAACAUGCCGGUGUUAACAUUUUAUUCGUCGGUAUCCACGGACCUAAAGGACCAUGUGAGGAAGUGUUUAUCAAACACCAAGGUCACAAUCAAUACGCUGUCAACUACAUGGUUAGAGAUAGAGGUGACUAUUUGGUAAUAGUAAAAUGGGGAGAUGAUCAUAUCCCUGGUUCACCUUUUAAAGUGGAGGUUUAGAUAUUAAAUUUAUUUUUCUACACAUUAUUGUUGAUUUGUUUAAACGUUAUUUUUUUACAUUAGUCAUACUUAUUUAUGUUUAAAAUAUGUUUCCUGUCUUUAAUUUUGUAUAUAACAGUUUAUGAACAAGUUAUUUGAUUAAAAUAGAUUCGCAGAUUUUUGUAAGAUUCUUAAGUAAGGGAAGAUAAAAAAUGUGCCUUAAAAAUAUAUAAAUUGUAACAUAUUUUUUAAAAUAUAUUUUACAAAGUUCAA